UGUGGGCAAGGGGCAGGGUCAUCCACUCGUGCAUUUUACCAGUAAGUCUAUGGUCUAAUGAGUCUUCUCAAAUACAUCCUGUGGAUAGGCCAAGUACCCCCAGUGGUCCUAGUACCCUUGGUUGGGAACCACUGUCCUAAAACAAUGAUAAAAAAUACAUUGGUACAGAUCAAGGUCUGAGAGUACCUCACUUUGAAACAUCUUCAUUCGGAGUGUUUUCUAUUUCGUACCUACUGAACAUGACCCUGUUUGUGACCUUUAUUGUUGUUUUCUGGGAAACCUUUGAUGUCCCUUAUAUACCCAUGAGUAUAAUAUUUCCACCAGCAUAAUAGUUUUAUAAUGAAGCCAUAAUCCCUGGGCUGUUAGUGUACACACGCAGAGCCAUUUCCCUAUGGACAAAUAGCACCCCACAAGAGAGAACACACUACGUACACACACUCUCCAAGUUGUUGGCGCUGGAAGAUUGUUUGCAUGAGCACAAACAAUAAAAUCCCUGAUCCCAUGAGGUGCGUAGUACACCCUAUCUCCAGGUUGACUCUUCAGAGGGGAGCAAAGUUGCACACAGAUGCUCUCUAGUCCGUAGCGUAUCGUUUGACCCAUGGCGAACUUCACUACUAUGGACGACAACUGCUGCGCCUUCGAAUCUCCCAUUCUGGACCUGGUCCUGCCUCCUAUCCUGGUGCUGGAGUUCAUGUUUGGGCUGAUGGGGAACAUUGUGGCUCUGUGGAUGUUUAUCUUCCACAUGGACACCUGGAAGCCCAACUCUGUCUACCUCACACACCUUGCCGUGGCUGACUCCAUCGUCCUGUUCUGUCUGCCCUUCAGAGCCGACUACUACAGACGUGGCAAACACUGGAUCCAUGGUGAUGUCCUGUGCCGGCUUAUGCUGUUCCUGUUGGCGGCCAACCGUGCCGCUGGCAUCUUCUUCCUUACUGCUGUGGCUGUAGACCGUUACUUCAAGAUCGUUCACCCUAUGAACAAGAUCAACCGGAUGGGCCUGAACUAUGCUCUGUGGGUGUCUCUGGGCCUGUGGGGCCUGAUCAUCGCUGCAACCGGGUACCUGCUGGCCAAUGAACACUUCUUCUACCGCAACAACCGGACUCAGUGCGAGAGCUUCAACAUCUGCAUGGGCUUCAGCCCGCUGUCUACGUGGCACAACACCUUCUACGUAAUUCAAUUCUUCCUGCCAACCACCAUCGUCAUCUUCUGCACCGUCUGCAUAACCUGGCAGCUGAAGAGCAAGACGCUUGACACCAGAGGGAAGAUCAAGCGGGCGGUGCAGUUCGUCAUGGCCGUGGCACUCAUCUUCAUCAUUUGCUUCUUCCCCAGUACGGUGUCUCGUAUCGCUGUGUGGAUCCUCAAGGCCUGGUACAACGAAUGCCGGUAUUUCCAAGAGGCCAAUCUGGCAUUCUACACCUCUGUGUGUUUCACCUACUUCAACAGCGUGCUGAACCCCAUCGUAUACUACUUUUCCAGCCCGGCCUUCAACGGGACCUUCCUAAAGCUGUUCAACAGACUGCUAGGGAGGAAAGAGGAGGAGGAACAGUCAGCCUCGCCUGUGAAUGGGAUCUGCAGUCCGAACACAGUAUCAGGGAGGAUCUGAAGUGGUAGUUAGUCACUUCUAACCACUGAUCCAGGAUCUGCGCCUGGGCAUGUACUCGCAAAGUGUCUCAGAGUAAGUCUUAUUCAUUGUGGUCUAAAAUACAAAACUGAUCUUAGAUCAGCACUCAUACAUUGAGACCCUUUGUGAAUAUGGACCCAGAAGUAUCUGACUGUGUGGUUAUUUCUACUCCUAGUGCAGGGUUCCCCAACUGGUGGCCCAUAGGUGAAUUUAUUUGGCCCCCCAAGUUUUCUGAGCAAAACAAAUCUAUAUAGAUAUUUUAUUUUUUGGAGUUAUUGUUGUUGGACAUAAAAUAUUGUAAAAACACCAGCAAAAAUAAAUCAAGUGAUUUUAAUUCUGGAUAUCUGUUCCAAAGAAUUCCCACACAUUAAAGACAAAUACAAUAUGUAUGGGAUCAUAUGUAAAUGUAAGCCAGGUUUGAAAUGAUUGUUUUAUGUAUAAUUAUGUUCUGGCCCCCUGACCAUGCUCAAAAAUACAUCUGCCUGCAGCUCAAUCUAAUUGGUGUUCAUGUUCUAGUGGAAUAUUGUUGUCUGUCAGUGACCACGUUUACAUGUGCACAGUAUUCCAGACAGUAGCUCAUAUCCUGAUUAAGGUCUUGUUCGGGACAAGCUGUUUACAUGCACCUUUGAUAUCCCAGUCAGGAGUAUCCGUUUAAACAUGAAUAAACAUAAUAUUCCUAAUUUAAGUAUAUGGGUUAAAUGGAAUAGUAUCUGAAAUAUGGACACUGACUGUAAGCCUGUAACCUCUCACAUGCAGAGUAAUAUAAUAUUAUCUCCUGCAGAAAUAUGCAUAUCUUGCAGUGAAAUUAUAACUCAAAUGUACAUUUUCUCUAGGGAACAGAAGUGGAGAAAUAUUAUUUAUUUAUUUCAGCGUCUCUUGAGAAAAUGUUAAUGUGCUUGUAAUGUGUUAUCUUUGACACUGUUAUGCAAGCAGAUGGUAUUUCAACAAAAUAAAAUAUGCAGCCAAAACGAACUGAAGUCUUAUCAGAAACAUAUUUUGUAGUUUUUCUCAGCUUAUCAUUUCCUUAAAAACGGUCAAACUGAUGACAUUUGGACAUUUUGCACAGGACCAAUCUUACCACUUUUUAGGAGUUUUCUCCCUAGUCCCUAAACGAAACAGACAACUUUACCGGUGUUAACUAGAUUACUAAUGCUUUCAUUCUAUCGAUGUGAGACAUUAUUCUGGUGACCACUCCUUUAUUUAGUCUUCUGGGGCAAAACGUUAUGACAGAAGAGAAGCUGCAUGUAUCAAACUGUUGACAAUGUCCUACCAAAUGUCGAAAAUUAUAAGCAGAAACGUGUUUAAAUUAGGGGUGAAAGUAGCCAGUAGUAAAUGAUAGUAAAUUAAUUAUAGGCAAAAUUAUUACGUAAUUAUCGUGGCUCGAACUGCGCACGUAGUCUACAUUUUGAAGUGAUUUGUUUGACAAUCAGAUGAAAACAUCAUCACACAACACCCCAUGAUAUGGGAAACUGAGCCUGCGAAGGCGGCAAAAAUAACAGUAAACGGGAUAAAAUGUUUGCGUGUCACAGUAUCCCAUCUUAGAUCAGCAUAUCCCAGGCAUGCAUCAACUCAAAAACAGAAUACUUGAGUAUCCCGAAUAAUAAAGGGUUAUUGGUGUGCAUGUAAACAUGGUCAGUGACGAAUCUCGAACCAGACGUGAAGGAGGCUAAGGAGGUGGAUAGGCGUGUGCAGAGAAGAAUGCCUAUUUUAACAUGAAAGAAAAUCAAUUUUGUUGCUGUAUAUUGGUUGCUGUAUAUAGCCAACAACCAAAUGUUAUGUUGAUGUUCGAUAGCUGAGAGUACAAAUAAAUAGGUUUGAACAAUUAACAAUUUGCAUGCUGUAUAACACGGCAAUCAUUCAUGUAGUAUUUCAUAUUUACAAUAUUCUGUCUUUGAAUCGUU